ACAUCAUCCUCCUGCGAGAAUUGAAUAGGAUUGACUUCCUUCCCGAUUUAAAAUCGGGAAAAUGGAGGGAAAAAAAAAAAUGGAGAGGGCAAGCUGCCCCCCGUUUUCUGGCCGUUUCGGUGGUAGUUUGUUUUUCGUGAUUAACGCGAAUUCCACUGUUAAUGUUCUUCUAGGUAUUAGCGAAGAUGACCCCUUCGUCGAAUCUCGCAAGCAUUUCGGCGAAGCAAGCGGCGGCCGUCUUCUCCGUCUGCAGGCGCAGGGACGUCUGUCUACCUUGGUGUGUGAAAAAAAAAAAUGAAAGAGAGACUGGCUCUCUUGUUCGUCACUUCGAAGAAACGAUGUCAGUCAGAAGGAGAAGGAGAAAGGAGAAGAAAAAGGCGUCUGCGUCUCGAAGAAUGUUCCUUGCCGCGCCAAGAAAAAUUUUCCGCUUCAAAAUUUUGGGGGUCAUCCUCGGCUUCUUCCUUGUUGUUGUUGUUGGGCUCAUCCGGAUAUGUAUUUCGACUCGAAGAUCGGCUCGAAGAUCAACGAAUGGCCAAUCGAUGAUCCAUCCAGGAUGGUCACGUUCGAUGAUCGCAUCAUCGGCGAAGAGAAAAAGUGAUUCCUGCGUACACGAAGAUAGAUCCCGCCAAAGAGAUUUCGGACACGCGAGAUGAACAUUUUUAGUGCACAGAUUUUUAUUCAUUCCUGCGUGUUAAUUCGAUUUUUAAGCACAAAUUGUAUUAUUAAUCGUAGAUUAUCGAGAUCGUUGAAUUUUAUCACGUUAUAUAAAAGAUUUUUGGCUGGACACGUUUAACGUAUUCAAUGUCGUUUCUUUUUAAAUAGUAUAUUUAUCGAAAUAUUACAUUUUAAAAUCGUCUCCUAGAACCGUCGAUAGUAGAUUUGAUGUGCCAUCGAGAGUGUCUAGAAGAUAGAUAAUAAAUAAUAAAUAAUAAUAGUAAUAAUAAUAAUAAUAUUAAUAAUAAUAAUAAUAAAUAAUAAUAAUAAUAAUAAUAAUAAUAAUAAAAAUUUUACCUGAAACAUCUUCACCUAUUCACCACAAUGGGAGCUCUCAUUCGAAGAUCCAAGAUAAUUUAUAUUAUAUUUUUCGUUUCCUUUCUUAAAUUUAUAGAAUAUUUUCGAGUCUGUGCGUUUUUCGACAAUUUCUUUUUUCUUUCUUUUUUUUUUUCUUUCUUUGAACGAAAUAGAAAUCUUCUUUUUUAUCAAUAUAUACGCUCUGAUCGACGUCCUCUAAUAUCGAAGAUAUUCGUCCUGCGUGUCAUUUCAGUGUACAAAGAGCAAAACGGAUUACCAAGUGUAUCCAAAGUGUCCCUCGCCGAUCGAUCAUCUGCCGAACAACACGCCGCCCUUUAACCCGCCUAUAAACUGCUCCAGUUACUCGAGGCUUCUGUUUCAAGAUUAUCCGGGCGGGAUGCCGGACGCGGACAGGCCCUACAGAUGUUGGAACUGUGGAAAAUUGUACACGCACAAAUCGACCUUGAAACGGCAUCGCGAAACGGUCUGCGGCAAAAUACGAAACACGAACGGCAAGUGGAAGUGUCUGCGCUGCCCGAGAUCCUAUCGUUCCGAGGGGAAUCUCGAGCGCCAUCUACGAUACGAGUGCGGUGUCGCCAGACAGUUCUCAUGUAUCCUUUGCAACAGGAAGUUCACGCAGCACAGCAGCCUGGUCAGACACAUUAAGAAAUUGCACGGAGAGAGUUUCGGUGGUGGUGGGGGUGGUGGUGGUGGCGGCGGCGGCGGUGGCGCUGCCGGUAACCCUAUUCCUCAAGAUUAUCAAUCGGUGAACAACACCGCUACCUGCCAUUCGGAAGUAAAAAAAUCCGAAGAGACGAAAGUGCGAAGAUGCUUCGUUUCCGAAACGAGCAUCAGCCCUAAUUGCCGUUUACUUUUGUGAAUGUAGAAAUUGAAUUGCGAGCUUGAUUGUAAUCCAUCUGGCGAGAGAGAGAGAUUUUUGCCAAGCGAUCACUUUUUUUAUUUUUCUUCUUCUUCUUCUUCUUCUUUUUUUUAAUGACAAAAAAAUUGGGAUCGGUCCAUGGGAUUAUAGAUA